AUGUCAGACGCAUCGAACUCACAACAACAAUUUUCAUUAAGUUUUCCCGUUCAAGUUCACCCAGGUUAUCCAAUAUUACCACCAAUAUUACCAACAAACCAUUCAGUAGAACAAGAACAUUCAUCAUCAAAUACUAAUAAUGUUGACGUUGAAUGUGAAAAAAUAUCUAUAGAUGUAAAAGAUUUUUGGAUUAAACUUCGUGAACAUAUCAACAGGGAAAGGUUAAAAUCAUAUGAUAAACGUGGAAAUCAAAAAACAUCGAAUAAAGUUGUACGAAUUUUUGUCUCAUCAACAUUCACAGAUUUUUUUAAUGAACGUGAAGUUCUUAUUAAAAAAGUAUUUACUGCAUUACGUGAUGAAAUGGGACCAUUCGGUAUUCAAAUAAUUGAUUGUGAUCUUCGAUGGGGUGUUCCGAAAGAUUCAACAACUGAGCAAACAAUAUUAGCAUGCCUUGAAGAACUCGAUCGAUGUUUAGAAGAUAAUGGUCAGCCAUUUUUUAUUGGGCUUAUUGGUGAUAAAUAUGGUUGGGUGCCAAAAUUGAAUGAUUUACCAAAACAUAUAAUUGAAACAUACUGUUGGAUUGAUGGAGCAGCAAUAACAUUAAUGGAAUUUAUUCAUGGUGCAUUUCGUAGAAAUAAUCCAAAUGCAUUUUUUCUAAUUCGAAAAUCGGAAAAUCUUUUGAAAAAUCUUCCUGAAAAAUAUAAUGACAAAUUUCGUGAUAAAGAUGAAUUAAGUCAAAAACAAGUAAAAGAAUUAAAAAGUCAAUUAUCAGAAAUUAUAUCUCCUGAACAAAUAUUUUCUUACGAUUGUUCUUAUAAUGGCUUAGAUUCAUCAACUGGACGUGAAAGAGUUAAAAUUGAUGGUUUACAAGAAUUUGCAGAACGAACAAAAAGUUUUUUAAGUGCAGCUGUUCGUAAAUGGUAUCCAGAAAAUUUUAAUGAAGAUAAUUCGAUUAAUCUUGAAGAAAAAGAAAUGAAUACAUUUCUUCUCAAUAAAACACAAUAUUAUAUUGAUCGAUCCGAUGAAUAUUCGACUCUCCUUAAAUAUAUAACAGGCGAUCAUAAGGACUUCAUGUUAAUCAACGAUAAAUUAGGAACGGAGCCAGAUAAAGCAAAUGGUCAACCUUUAAUGGUUUUAUCAAGUCAAUCAGGUGAUGGAAAAACAAUGUUACUUGCAAAAUUUGUCUUAGAUAUCCAAGAAAAAAUGAAAGACAAAGCUAUUAUCUAUUAUUAUUUUGCCGAGGGAGCAUAUCAACAUGGAAGUCAUUUCAUAUUAACUAAUUUACAGUUAAAACUCUUAAAACAUCUUGAUGAUAAUAAUAUAAAAUCUCCAAAAACGAAUGAGAGAUUUCACUUUGGUGAUGAUGCAUUUCUUGAAGACGCUGUUGCUGCUAUAUCAAUACCAAUUAUUAUUGUUGUCGAUGGAUUGGAAAAAGGUGACUUGCAUCAUCAGCGAAAUUAUAUGCAUGAAUUUCCCUUCCUUUGGUUUUCCUCAUUACUCAGUAAUCAUACAUAUAUUAUAAUUAGUACGGAAUUAAAUUCAAAUUUACAUCAAACAAUACGUAACCAUUCGCAUUAUGUACUAGAACUUAAAUUAUUAACAAGUGAACAACGCAGUUCAUAUAUUGAUGUGUUUUUUCAUAGUUUUAAUAAAAUUCUUGAAUCAGAACAAAAAUCACUACUCGUAGAUAACAAAGGUGGUGAGCAUCCUAUUUAUUUAUCUUAUGUUUGUGAAAAUCUUCGACAAUUUGGUGAUUAUUCUCUUGUUACCAAACGUCUCAAAACUUAUCCAUCAACGCUAGAUAAUUUACUUAAUUUUCUACUGAAUGAAGCUUAUGAAAUUAUUGACAAUCGGCCACUUAGUGAUGCGUUCUUCAAAUUAUUACUUAUAUCCAAUAUUGGUUUGAUAGAAUCAGAUAUGGUUAAUAUACUGGAACAUUAUUUGAAUAGAAAUACAGAUGAAAAUAAUCGAAUCGAUGUAAAUCAAAUGAUAUGGGCAGUGUUACGAAGACAUGUAAAAAUAUUUCUUGAUACAACUUGGAUCGCAGGAAUUCAAUAUAUUAUUUUUCGUGAUUCAUCCAUUGAAAAAUUAUUACGACAACGUUGCUUGAAAGAUGAUGCAAACGAAACAUAUACUCUCCAUGCAUUUAUGGCUGAAUUCUAUCGUAAAUAUUCGUCAAUGAAAGAUAUUGCAACAUCUCGUGUACUGUAUCAUUAUGAGCAAGGACAUAUGUACCAAGAACUUGUUACAUAUUUACGUUCACCAGAAGGACGUAUUGUUACUCGACAUGAUAGAGAAAAUUAUUUACGUCGUCGUCGUUGUACAAACACACUUGGCUCAGUUGAUACUAUAGAUAAUCAACGUGCUUAUGCAUGCCAUGUAUGUGCUAAAAAUUUAAAAUUAGCUCCAUUUAUGAUGCAAAAAAGUCCUUGUAUUAUUUGUUCGAAACAUAUUUCUCCAUUGACUUCUACUGAAAUACCUCUCGAGAAACGUGAAGCACGUCUUUGUCAGAAACAUGGUACAAAUGAUUACUCACAAAAUUUUCAAUGUUUACUUUGUAAAAGGCUUCAACCAACUUCAAGAGGAGAAUUAUCAACACCAGGACGAGAGCCUUUACCAUUAUAUAUUUGCUGUGAAUGUUGGUUGGCAGGUGGAGAAGCAGAAUCACGUUGUUCUGGAUUUGCUUUGGACUAA